AUGGCCUCGCAGCGUCUCUUCGCCUGGAGCGAGACGUCUGGCCUGCUGGACGUGAACACGGAAAACCAAGAGCGUAUCCUAAAUUCAAACGUCUUCAAUCUCCAUCGCCAGACCGUUUUAGAUCUGCUGGUGCAAGUUCAAUGCCUGUUUGACGAGUUUCUCGAAUAUCAGAAUAAGCACAACAACUUGACUCCCGUUCGCGACAAUGGCGAUUUCCUCACCUCCCCUGAGCAGGAUGCCAAGCAGGCCAGCUUUCCCAUAUCGGAGAAAAAGAGGAUGUUUAUUAAAAAGGCCAUGAUGAACCUCAAGCAAAAGUCUCAAGAGGGCUUGAAAAGGCUCAAGUGGGUAUCAUUUGACAAAGAAGGGUUUGAGCACCUGCUGUCCAAGUUUACUCUCUUGAACGACAGCAUGAUGAACAUCCUGGACCACUCGCUGCAGGUUGAAAUCCGACACACGGUGCAAGACACAAAUCGGGGCGUGUUGCUUCUUCAUCACAAAAUUGCUGACCUUAGCCAUCUUGUAUUGGCUCUCAAGGCUCAACUGGAAGCCAGAGAUGUUGGUGCAUCGACACGCACACGAAUGUCCAAUGUUGAGAGAGAAGCAAGCAUGGCUGAGCUGAGGCAGCUUUCCAAGCUGGCCAAAUUCAAGGCCUUCAACGAGACUAUUGACCCCAAGUCAGAUGGUCCCACGGUGAUUGAUGAGGCUGUGGCAUCGUUUCUCGGGCUUGCCAAGCCCGGGGACCCGCGCCUUGUCCAGAUUCCCAAAUAUCUAAUAGAGUUAGACCCAAACGUGGAUGACUUGGAUGACCCGCGGUGCGAGGCCAUCAUGAAGACAGACAAGGGAAGAAAAAAGGUGUGGAUUGAGUGGAAAGACUAUGAUACCGCUGGGAACCCUGGUUGCCUGUCUAAGGCGGACAUUGUUGAUAGAGUGCGAAAGCUGGCUUGUUUGCUCAAUCAUAGCCCGAAGCCCGAAGCUUUCCGGACACCUCACUGCAUCGGUUUCUUCGACAAAGCCGACCCAGAUGUUCCAGAAGAUGAUGUCGACAUCCUCGACCGGCGACUAGGUCUGAUAUUCGAACGACCGGACGGUGGCGAUGUGGACGAUAGCCUCCCACCCGUGUCUUUGCGGGAGCUACUACUGGACAAAGCAGUACGCAAACCCAGGGUUACAGACCGAGUCAAGCUCGCGCACGCCCUUAGCAAUUGUCUGCUCUAUCUCCAUGCGGUCAACUGGCUGCACAAGGGUCUUCGCAGCCACAACAUUCUCUUCUUCAGAACAAAGUCGGGCCAUGUAGACUAUUCUCAAGUUUACCUCUCAGGCUUCGACUUCUCCCGCCCCGGCGGUUCCGACGAGGUUACAGAAAUCCCCGGCUACGACGCAGAGCACGAUUUGUACCGACACCCGCUGGCGCAGUCGAACCAAGGCAAGGGCCGUCAGCGAUCGAAAAAGAGCUUCGACAUAUACAGCCUCGGCGUCAUAUUGGUGGAGCUGGCGAACUGGAAGCCCGUGGAGGCGGUGCUCGGGAUUGAGAUGAGGCUGGCAAAGGGCCAGUCGGAUGUGGUCCGGCACGUACGGAGCCAGCUACUUGCUGCAGAGCAGGUAGCUGAUGUUGGCGCCGAGAUGGGAGAGAGAUUUGAAGAGGCGGCGAGGAGAUGCCUGACGGGCGAACACGAGCUGGGUUUGGAGGCUGGUGAAGACGAGACGGCAGAUGAGGUGGCGGAGCGGUUGUCGGUGAGAUACUAUGACGAUGUGGUGAAGAAGCUGGCGGAAAUCGUGGUAUAGGAUGGGAUAUAUCAUGAAGCUGCGUGAAGCUAGAUAUUAAGCAAUCGCAAGAAAAAGAAGCCAAUAGGAUUAGAUAGAUAAAAGAACAUGGCAUUGUGAGC